CCUCCGGCAGCAGAAAAGGAAAGCCCACCUUUUUUCAUUGUUAAGGACGCGCUGGAAUGUGAUGGUUUGAUCUCAAACGGAUCAGGGAGGGAAGGACCGAGUGCAAAGGAGCGGGACUGAGGCUGAAUAUCAACCCCCCUCCGGUCCUGACUGUGGAUAUGUGGAGGAACUCGUCCCGGUUCGUGUUGGCUGCAGUCAAUCCUACCGUCCGUGUGAACUUUGUGGAUUAUUCCCGUGUUCUUCUCUGACCCGGCGGUGGAGCCGUUCAGGAUGGAGAGUUCACGGAGAGGAGUGUAACACCCUGAAGACACAACUUUAAAGAACCCUUCGGGAUCCCCCAGGAGGAGCUCAAUCUGCAUUCUAACAUCCAGCUCGUCACGAAAACAACUAAAACUUCUCAGAUGACAGAUUUAUCUGCUAAACACCAUUUGGAGGCAAUUUUGGAGACCUAAACAUACAGUUAGACAACCGCAACAAGACAGGCUGACAAGAAGACCAGAAGAGCACUUUUAGGUCUUGCUAUCAUUGCCACACAGAUGUGGAAGUUCCAAAACUCUGCUAGCAAAUAACCUGGACGUCGAAAACCAAACCAACCAAUCCCAUUCUAAAGUUUGCAGCCAUGUCGGAUCAUAAAGACAUGACGCACCGCCACCUACGGCACAAGCUGCAGAGUCUCGGCAGAAGACUGGACGAACUGGAAGAAGCGACUCAUAAGCUGCAGAAGUCUGAGGAUGAGCUGCUUGACCUGCAGGACAAGAUCAUCCAGGCAGAGGGCAGUAACUCAUCCCUGCUGGGCGAUGUGGAGGCCCUAAGGAAACGUCUUCUGAAGAUCCAGGGCAAGGAUGAGGAGGUACGCAAAGCUGAGGACUUGUGUCGCACAGUUCGAGAGAAACUGGAAGAAGAGGAAAACCUCACGAAGGAACUAAAGGGAGAGAUUGAGCAUCUUCAGCGGAGGAUGGCUGAACUGGAGAAACUGGAAGAAGCCUUUGCUAAAAGCAAGUCGGACUGCAGCCAGCUCUGCCUCAAUCUCAACGAGGAGAAGAACCUCACCAAGAAGCUCUCCUCAGAGUUGGAAAUGCUCAAAGCACGCUUGAAGGAGGUCGAUGGUUCUGAGACGAAGCUGGACAAAGCAGAGCAGGCUCUGGCUAAAGAGAUCGAGAAGCUCAAGGCCUUUACCCAGGCGUUUGUCAGUGAGCGUAAGAGGCUGUUGGAGAAGCAAAGAGAGGAUGAGAAGAUCAUUCAGAAGCUCUCAGAAGAAAAAAAGAACCGCUUUGGAAUGACAGACCCGGGCCGUGCAGAUUUCAUGAGUUCAAGAAUUGAGGACGAACUGUCCUCCACUGCACUCUUCACAAGUAAACUGGUUGGGAAGAAGAACCUGGACUACCUGAAGCUAGCUGAUGAGAAACUCAGCAUAGUCAAUAAGUCUGAGAUUAAGAAGGACAGCAGUCUUGAAGGCUUGCAGGAGGAGGACAACAAGGUAAAGGAGCUCACUCAGGAAGUAGAGAAGUUAAAGAACCGCCUCAAGCAGCUUGAGGUAGUGGAGGAAGAUCUGAAGAAUACCCAGUUCAAGAACAGUGAGCUUCAUGAGAAGUUUCAAGUGGAACAAAAACGAGCCUGUCAACUGAGCGAACAGGUGGAGCAGCUCAGGACGCAGCUGUGUGGAAAAACUGGAAUUGGGGGAAAAGGAAUCGGUAACGUGGAAAAACAUGGGAACGGAAACCAAGUGAAGGUCCUGGAGAACGGGAAGGCUGAGAACGAGGAGUUAGUUUCAAAGGGAGGUUUCAGGCAUGAGAAGCCUAAAUUUAAAAGUUCUGCAGCUUUUUCAGAGCCAAGCUCUCCGAAGCACAGGAACAGGGAGCUCUCUCCUCAGCACAGGAGAGAAACCAAACUGAGAGGCCAAGAGCUCAGCCAUUCCGAGGAGAGUUCUCCAAAGGCUGUAAGGAGAACUCCAAGUCCUGCUCUGAGGAGCAGAAGGACACCCAAAACCCUACCUGCUACGAGUUCAUCUGAUAAAGAAGUCACGGCACGACUCUUUGAGGAAAGGCCUAAAGGAGCCACUUAUGGAUAUUCGAAAUCAACUUCUGAUGGUAAAAAAGUGUCCGUCCUGAGCCGCUACCCUCCAGCUGCUAAUGAGCAGAAGUCCCUGAGAACGAUGCUCAAACAGACAGACGCAGAGAUUAAAAACAGGGAGAAGUUUUCUAAACUCUACAUCGGCAGUGAUAGUGAAUCAAACAACUCUGAUGCUGUGCCUGAGACCUACGUUAGCAUGAACACCAUGUCUGCACUCGACAAGGAGGCGGUGUCUGCCUCUGAUCCGGAACCAGGAGACACUAUUCAGGAAUCCGUCUCCUCGUCUUCGGCAUCCACCCUGUCCAAAGCUAAUGGAUCAUUCACAGCCUACAGAUCUCACAUGGCUCCACUGCUGCCCAACGACCACGGCUCAGACAGUCAUUCAUCUGCUUCUGAAACUGAAUCUAUUGGCUCAAGGCCCUCAGAAGUAGAACCGGUGACUGAGACAAUUAGUACAUCUGUGAGCAGCAGGACGGCAACCUCCAGGUACACCAGAUACCCUCACAUCCAUGACUCGAACUCGGAGGGGUCUUCUUCCAGGAGCUCCUUUGACGAGGAGCUGCACACCAGGGCGCCGCCUUCCGAUGGAGGCCACCAUGCUCCCGUUCAUUCUCCGUCAUCGAUUGAGAUCCAGAGAGUGUGCAGCCCCCGCGAGGCUCUGAGGUCAAAAGCCGUCAUUAAGCCUGCAAUCAUUGAGAUCGACAGGAAAGAAGUCAUGAAUUCAGAAUCCUUAUCAACAAAUGGCAAACCCAAGAUCUCCGCCAAGCCAGUUGUGACCACCACCAGCAAAAUGACCAGCAGCAUAACCAUCUACCCCAAUGACCCGAGCUCUUCGAGAACAAGCAGUCGCAGCAGCAGCUUAUCCAGCGAACCUUUUCCUGUGAAGGAGCGCCACACUUCGACAAGCAACAUCCUUAUAGGACCCAGCAGUGACCACCGCGGUAGCAUUUCUGUCCCGUAUGAGAUCUCCAUAUCCAAAAGUGAAAUCCCAUUGCGGCCAUGCCAAGACCAGGACUGUGGCGAUGCCGACCACAGCGACGCAACAACGAAGUCCAAACUCCACCACACCUCCAGGGUGGAGACCACCAGCAGCCUGGUGGGCCACCAACGCAGCAGCGCCCGACACCACUCCUCGGACAACGCCUUCGCAGACUUCAACGACACAGAGUCGGGUUUCGAGAGCGGCAGCAGCACAACCACGGUGACCAGCUGGAGAAGCCAGAGACAAACCGAGCCCUCCCAGGACGACACCUUAUCAGACAUGAGGAAUGUGACGGUGAGGAGCACAUGGAGGAACAGAGGCGCCGCAUCGGUGGACGAGGCGGGUCGAGGACGAGUGGGGAGCAAGGCAUUAAGGGAUGGUGGGUCUGAAGAUGAAGCAGAGGCUGCAACAACAUGGAGAGCGUAUCGUGCAACCACCUUUGACACAGAGGAAACUGUGAAGAAUGCUGCAGGCGUAACGGCCCAGAAAGGAACUAAGCCAGCAGAGGUGUACAUGCGUAGGUACAACAGUGUGACGAGCACUAAAGAAGCAGAUGAAGUGAUGCUUCGCAGAGACAGGAGCUUGGAGUCUCCCACUAUGGAAACAGGAUUUUUGGGAAGGACCAUACCCCACGCGCCAGUUACUUCCCAGUCCUGGAGCCGAUCGUACUCACAGCAACCACUGGCUAAAGAUAACUUGGACGCCACUGCUAAUCCUUGCCUCAGCCCGGCCUCUUGGAGACGGCACCCACCCCCCGGCGACCAGCAGCACCUGGGGAGCUCCUGUGACCGGUUGACCAAGAUGACCGGAGCCUCGUCCAGAGGAGGGGAGUUGUGGUCCAGCCGAGGCCAAGGAUCAGGGACCAGGGCCGAGGGGAGGACCGGAGCGGGAAACAAACUGUGGAGCCACUGUCAAUCAGAACCUCAUUAGGCAGGACGUGUCUGACUUCCCGAAAGCAGGAAGCAGCACUCUGUUGAGCUCUGAGCCAGUUUUCCAUCCACCAUAUUAACUUCGCCAAGUACAGAGAGUACCUGUUGCAACCCCGGUUAGAACAACCAUCUGAAGCCCUGAGCCUGCUUUGCUUCGGAGGUCCUCCACUCAGCCUGUGCUUCCUCUUCUGCUUCUUGUUGGAUGUGUUAUAAUGUUACCCCCAACCCCCCCGGAAAAAACGACAAUGGAGAGGCCGGCAUGCUGCAGAGGGCCGUGGAUUUUCCUGAAUGCUGGAGAAGGUUUAAGGAGCGCCGGAGGAUCGGAGAAAUCUCCAAAUCCUAAACUUUCUCCAUCACUGAAAAAGACGAAACUGAUACGGUUUUAACAUGUCUGGGUUUCAUUGGGCCAGAUUGUCCUGUAGAACCUAAACACCUUUACAUGUGACCAAAAACAGGAAGCAAAUUACCCUCGCUUAGGAUGCCUGUUCAUUUAUCUCCACAAACCAACAACCAGGAGCAUGUUGAGGUUUUUUCGCCAUUUCAGCAUCUUCUGCAGCGCCGACUCAUCGCUCUUAGAUGCUGAGCAAACCUUUCUGUGUCUCUAAGUAGUAAAAUAAAAGCACUUGAAGGUUUUGACUCAGCAUGCACUCUGCUUAUAGGAAAACAGUCGCUGGUUUAGGAGCGGCCAAACUGGGAUCAUAUUUAUGUUUUUGGUUUUUUUACUUUUCUAUUUUGACUUUUUGUAAUUCGCUUCCUGUUCUGCAUCAUCCUUUUCCUUUUUUCACUUCUUCUCCAUAUCAGAUGGAAACAAAGCAAAUUGCACAUAUUGAAAUGCAAUGAAAAUGUGGAGGGACGCAGCUGUGGGAUGGAGGUUCCUUAUAAACCCAAACCAUGACUUGGUUUCUUUAAAAUCUGUCUUCAUUCAUGUAUUUCUAAGAGAGCCAUAGAGAAUAUUUUGGGUUGAACCGAAAAUCAAGGUCUGGUUUACCAGCAGACCUGCGCUUCCACUGCUGUCAGCUACAGGAGAGACCCGCAAGAAUGGUCCAGCUCGUAUGUGACUGGAUUAUCUGUGAUGUUUGUGUUUGUUGAGCUGCAGGGUCUGUAAGAACCUUCAAAAGGUUCCUAGAUGUGUCUGCAGAACCACAGGAGAUGAGGAUCGAGCUGGAAGAAUGGUUCUCAUGUGGAAAUGACUUGAUGAACACCAUGGUAUCAUCAGUGACCUGGUUCUCCUGUGUUCUAGUGGCCACGGUUUAGCUGUGACAUGUAGAACCUUAACCCUCCUGGUGGGACCUCAGCCUGUUGCCACGUCGUCACUUUAGUUUUUAUGCAAGCAGGAGAUUGUUGAUCCGUCUGCAGCUGUACCAGCCAUCAUGAUGCAGGGGGAUUACUGUAAUAAUGAGAUUGUUGAAUCAAGCUUUCAGAGAGCAUGUUUCCACUAUCUUCAUGUUCCCUUUGUGUUGCACCUUUACUGUAACCCUAUGAUGAUUUGUGCCUUGAAGGUUGCAGCUGAGGUGUUCCAGCAGACUCAGAUACUGACUGUAAGGCUGUUUUUCUGAAUGUGGGUCUGAAUGUCAGGAGCAGGAUGCGGCAUGACCUCUUCAUGGCUCCUGCCUACUUUACAGUCUAGCGACAUAGCUGAUGUGCAGUUCAAGACUUCAGGACUUCUGCAUCCCGACUGCAGCUCCUCCCUAGUAUAUCCUCGUUUUCAAACAGGUUCCAACUUUGCUUUUACAUUUUCAAAUCAGUGUCUUUUUUCCUCUUUUUGGUUGGUUUGUGUUUCCCUUGAUUCCUGGUUUCUCCAAAGCAAAGUCUUGUCUUAUGUCUUAUGGAGAGCCUGUCUCAGAUCCUGAUGGGCAGCUCCCAGGGUGGCUGAAAGUUCAGGGGUCAGGGAUGCAUGUAAUCCUGUCUCUACGUCUUGACUCAGGGCUUCUAAAUACAGGAGGGAGCUCGGCUGAGAUGUCGUCUCUGUCGUUAAUUAAAACACUCAAGGGGAUUGAGUGUCUGAUGACCAUGUUGCCAGAGACCCACAGGUUCCUCUUAGACCCGGUAUGGUGUCGUCACCAUGCUGGUGACACAGACCUCUGUGUUUCUCACCUGUUUGCUUCAAUCCAACAGGAAACACCCCCCAAUGAGUAAAGGUUCUGUUGGAAAGGUUCAGAUGGAACCUUUCCAACAGAGGUUUUCUUCCAGGAUCCACUGGUGGGAUUUUUUUUCUCCAUGCACACCAACACCUCGCUCAUCAUCGGCAUUAUAAAAUUCAUUUUAAUGAUUGGUCUGAACUGUUCUACCUCAUGGUGGAAUAAGGAUGAUCAAUGCUUGGUGCACGACAUUGAAUUUAUUGGGAACUUUCUCAAAUCUAAGGAGAGGGUCAGAAUUAUUCACACAGGCUCAGAUAUAUUAACACCCCAACUAAUAUUUGGAUAAAUCUGAUUUUGUUGCAAUUUGACACCAUUUGUAGACAUCAUCAAGCUUCUGGCAUGGAAGAGUCCUGGUCCUGAUGAUUCCUGGCUAGUUCCUGAACAUCAUAACCAACAUCAUUUCUUCUGAGUCUGUACCAGUUUAAACCAUUUCUGAUCAGUAGAGUGGGGAAACAUUAACCAGAAUGAUGCCAGACGCUUGUUGAAGGCUACAAAAAGCUUCUGGUUUCUCUCCAACUUGCUAAGAAACAUAAGACAAAUGUUUUUUGGGGUGAAUGUAUAUAUUUGAGCUUGUAUGUGUAUUUUGAAGCUGUGCGGAUUGCCGAAAAUCCUCCAGUAAAUUCAAACUUGUUCUCCUGAUUCUCAUCUUUAAAAGAAAUCAAUGCAGGUAUGUGUUGUAUCAUCGUUCCUUCCUGGAAAAAUACAGUCCAAUUGGAUCAUUUAAAGGCCAGAAUAAAUCAUGCAUUCAUGCAGAUGAUGAAUGCAUGAAAACCUUUCACCACAGCGCCUUUUCUCUCAAUGAGGACCAGCUGUCACUUUGCUCAUUAAGUUUUCAAAUCAAGCAGUCGAAUAAUGCUGACAUUUUUGAAAGCUCCAGUUUUUGAUUGGAUCAUCUGGAUCCAUUGUUGUAGUUUUGGGUUUUCAAGGUUCUGGUGGCUUAAUGUCAGUUGUUAAAAUGUUUGGAGACAGAGUUAAGGUUGUAGGUGGUGGGUUUGGAAAACAUAGACUGCUUGGAUAAUAUCCAUAUAAUGACAGAAGAAGCCGGACUCAACAAACACUGAGAUUAGUUAUAAUCUGCACUAACUCCACCUUAGUCAGAAAGAGUUUCUUCUUUUGAGUCCUAGAGUUCUGCUCAAGUCAAAGCCCAAUUGAACCUGGAACCAAACACGCUGUGCAUUUUCCAUGCGCCAUAUCAGAGUUAUAAAAGUAGGGGAACUGCUGCAGAACUCGGUGUAAAUCAUAAUCAAACAUUUGUGUCAUAAUGUGUGUUCUUAACUUUGUGCCAAAAUCAUUCCACAGUAUUUACAGUUUACAUUUAACCGCCUAAACCCACCCUCCACCCGCCCCAUAUCAACCCCCCAAACCCACCCUCCACCCGCCCCAUAUCAACCCCCCAAACCCACCCUCCACCCGCCCCAU